AUGGCGAAGAAGGCAUUGGCCAAGGAUCAGAUUGUGAAGCUCAUCGUGGGCGCCGGUCAGGCCAGUCCCAGUCCUCCCGUCGGUCCGGCCCUGGGUAGUAAGGGUGUGAAGAGUAUGGAUUUUUGUAAGGAAUUCAACGCCAGAACUGCACACAUCAACACCGGUGUCCCCAUUCCUGCGCGUGUCACUGUCCGCCCCGAUCGUUCCUUCACAUUCGACCUCCGUACUCCCACCACCACCUAUUUGCUGUUGCAAGCGGCCAAUGUGGAACCUCGCAAGAAUCGCAUCCGUGGCGCCCAGAACCCGGGCCAUGAAUUCAUCGGCAAGAUCUCCCUCAAGCAUGUCUACGAAAUCGCCAAGAUCAAGCACUCCGAGACGCGACUGUCUGGAUUGAGCCUACAGGGAUUGUGCAAGAGUGUCAUCGCCCAGGCCAAGUCCGUUGGCAUUCAGGUUGUACCAUGA